AUGGAGGACGGGAAGGAGAAGAACGGGCAGAGUCGAAAGGGUGGUCUAACGAAGAAAAAUUUGCUGGGCCCAAACGCGCAUUCCGGUGCCGCGCAAGUAGGACUCGAGGGCGACGUCCCUGGUGAGAAUGUCGAAUUGAAUAUGACUUUAGGCUCAGCCAAAAGUUAUUAAAAUUAAAACUGGCUGCUGAUGGAGACUGAAAAUGGCAAACCUGCAAGACAUAGCGGGGCAAGUGGUGAAUAUGGUAGACUAGAACGUAUCUUCAGUAUUCCCAAAUUUUUUCGUGUGUUGAACCUUGUUCAAGGAAAGAGUUAGGACUGCGGAGCAGCUGGGCUUGGGGGAGUGUUAUUAUUAUUGGGUGACUGCCUUGAUUGUCUCGAAGUAGAUCGUCGGCCGCGACUCGGCGGGCCCGAAUGGGAAGGGC